CAACAGUUGGAACUCCAGCAUACAUAGCCCUCGAGGUUCUUUCCAGAAAAGAGUAUGAUGGAAAGGUAGUAGACGUUUGGUCCUGUGGUGUCACGCUGUACGUGAUGCUCGUGGGAUCAUAUCCAUUUGAAGAUCCUGAGGAUCCAAGGAACUUCCAGAAAACGAUCAGCAGAAUUCUUGGCGUGCAAUACUCCAUCCCGGAUUAUGUGAGAGUGUCUUCAGACUGGAGACGCCUUCUGUCUCAGAUAUUCAUUGUCGAUCCUUCAAAGAGGAUCACGAUCCCGGAGAUAAAGCAUCACCAGUGGUUCCUGAAGAACCUCUCGAGGGAGAUCUCGGAGAGGGAGAAGGCCAACUACAAGGACACGGAUGCCGCCGAGCCGGCGCAGGCCGUGGACGAGAUCAUGCGGAUCGUUGAGGAGGCCAAGACCCCCGGUGACAUGUCCAAGGUGGUCGACCCGGCGCUGCUGGCCGAGAUGGCAGAGCUGGAGAGCGACGAGGAAGAGGCAGACACCGAUGGCACCUACUGAUCGCUCCUGCAUGCAGCUCAGCAGCUGCUCAGUCAUGGUGUCCAGUCCUUGUGCUGCAGACAUGGCGCCGCCGAGCGCCCGAGCUUAACCCGUGCGUGUGAUGACGGAUGUUGUAUUGCACUCUUUACUCUGUUUGUAUAAUAAA